UAUGAUACUGAUAGUGAUAGAGUCGUGGUUUAUUCUGAUGGCUGUUGCUUUGAAAAUGGUAAAGCUUUAGCCAGGGCUGGUAUAGGAGUUUAUUGGGGCGAAAAUGACCCGAGAAAUGUCAGCGAGAGAUUGCAAGGAUUGCAAACCAACCAAAGAGCAGAAUUGAAUGCAGCAAUAAAGGCUAUUCAAACAGCCAAGGCAAGCAACAUAAACAAGUUGGAAGUUAGAACAGAUAGUAAAUACACUAUAAAUGCUGUAACAAAGUGGAUGGACAAAUGGAAACAAAAUGGUUUCAAAACUGCAAAUGGAACGGACGUAAAAAACAGAGAUGAUAUCAUUAAACUUCACAACUUAUGUCAGAGAAUCAAUAUAAAAUGGACCCAUGUCCGUGGACAUAGGGGCCAUGAGGGUAAUGAACAUGCUGAUAAAUUGGCGAAACAAGGAGCAAGAGCUUAAACUUGGAUGCUAAAAGUGAUCCUUUGGGUGUGUCCAUAGUGUUAGUUACGUUUUGUGUUCCAAAUGUUUAUAUAUAUAAUGUAUAUAUUUUAUAUGAGAUAAAUUCAAGAUAUAUAUAUACGAGAUAUGACAGAUAUUGAUUGAGAUUUUGUAAAUAUGAAGUAAAAACUUGGUGAAUAAAUGUGAGUGAACUUCAUUCCAAAGGUGGAAAACAUUGUUAGAUACAAAUGAAAGAUUUGUGGAAAACAAUAUAAUAAAUACUGUUUUCUCAAUAGAACAAGUUAAUAGUACUCUUUCACAAAAAUACCCCGGAAUGAGAACACAAGAUAUACUGAACUUUCCUCUUACAUUUUGAUAAAUCCUGUACAUGAAUUACAUUAUUAGGCACAUAGAAAAAUAUGAAACACAAAUGCUGUAUAUUAUUAACCAACCACCCUGAUAGAUAUUGUUUAGCAAUAUUGGUAAGGGGGGGAAGUAA